AUGAAGGGCAAGAGAAAGAAAGGGGGUGGUUCAUCGAGCGAGGUGAGAGAUUCUCAGAAGCGCCAGUCAAGCAGCAAGGUCGAGAAGGGAGGGAAACCGUUCCAGCAGCAGAAGCUAACGUUCGAUCUGGUGGAUUUGGACGACCCGGUGAGCGCCAGUCAGGCCACGAGUUUCACCUCUACUCAAGCUUGGCGCAUUCCCAACCGCAAGUCGCAUUCCGAAGCCGUCCCGCUAUCCGGCACCUCGCCACGCACUGGCAGCCCGAGCUGUGUCAGUGGUGACGUGUCACCUGGCGGCGGGGAUGGCGAGGGCGGGAUGGGCGCGGGGCUGUGGGUGGAGCGGUUCGCGCCCAAGUGGGAGGACGAGCUGGCCGUGCACCGGAAAAAGGUGCAGGAGGUGUCGCAGUGGUUCGACGCGCAUUUCGGCCCACCCGUCAUGCACAGGCCGGUGCAGCAGAGCAAGGGAAAAGGGAGCAAGCAGAAGGCGGCAGGAGGGGGGCACAAGGGCGAUGCUAGUACAAAGCAGCCCAGCAAGGUGCUCGCGCUGGUGGGACCCCCGGGAUGUGGAAAGACGGCGCUGGUGCACGUGGUGGCAGCAGCACGGGGAGUGACGGUGCAGGACUGGCAGGCGCCCGUGCCACUGCUGUGGGACGACCGCCGCCACAUCCGCUCCUCCCAGGCUGCUGCUGGCGUGGAGCACCAGGAGAAGCUCGCCAGCUUCUCCGACUUCAUCCGCUCCUCGCGCCUCUUCUCACCCCUCGCCCUCUCCACCGCGCCCACUCCUACUUCCACUACCACUCCCGCACCCACUCUCGCCCCACCUCAAGCACCGCAACCUUCCGCUCGCUCCCCCCCACCCACCGCUUCUCCCACCUCCCAUCGCUUGCCCUCCACGAUGCCGCCCCCUUCUCGCCCCCCUUUGUCGGGCAAGCGGAAUAAGGCUUCAUUGCCUGUUUCAGCGGCCGAGAGGCAGACUACAAGUCGUGGGAGGGGCGUUGUGCAGCGACCAGAGGGAGUGAGAGAGGGGCGGAGAGGGGAGAAGACGGGGCGUGAGGAAGCGAAAGCUGGUGGGACGAAGGGGAUGGAGGGGAAUAGUAAGGGUAGGAGGAGCAACAGUGUUGAGUCGUGGGAGGGUGUUGGGGAGACGCGUGAUGGCGAUGGUGAUGAAGCUGAUGAGGAGGAUGGUGGUGACGAUGAGGAGUGGCUGCCAUCAUUCCGCGAAUCGAGUGAUGCUCAUGGUGCUCGGGGCAAGGCCAAGGAGAAAAAACAGGUGGUAAAGCGUGGAAGCCAGGACGGCAGCGCACCAGGUGCUGUGGUGAGUGGGCGGCAUGUGGGAGCAUCUGCGGUCCCAUCGUCCCCUCUGCUGCCACCGUCACCGCCAGCUUUACCGGCACCGCCAUCACCAUCCACCUCGCUCUCACCCGCCUCCCCAUCUCGCCAUGUGCUUCUGAUCGACGACCUGCCAUUCGUGUCGGGGCGGCAGCGCUGUGACGCGCUGUGCCACGCCAUGCACUCGCUGGCCACUGCCUCGCAUGUGCCGGCUGUGGUCGUGCUCUCCCUCCCCACCACGUCCACCUCCGCUGCCAGCGCCUCUGCUCCAGGCGGUGCACGUGGAGGGAUGCGAGGCGAGUGGAGGCAGGGGGAUGGGGUGCCCACGCGGGAUGUGCUGGAUGCGUUGAUGAGUGGAGGGGCUCACAAGGUGGAGUUCAACCCCAUAGCACCAGGCGCCAUGCACAAGGCGCUGGCAGCCGUGGCAGCGGCGGCAGGAUCCCCGCUAGCCGCCCCGGCUGUAGCGGCUGUGGCGGAGAGCAGUGCAGGGGACCUGCGCCAUGCCAUCUCGCAGCUACAGCUGCUCUCCCUCUCCACCCGCCAGCCCCCCAGCCACACGUGGGACCCUGGGGGUGCUGCUGCUGGGGGCAGGGGCAGCGUGGGGAUGGGGGAAGGGGGGGAACAGGGAUGUAGUGGGUCAAAAAGUGAAGGGACGGAGCAGGGGAAAAGGAGGAAGAAGAGGAAGGUGCAACAAUCGCGAGGUUCAACUGAGUUGGUGGAUUUAACGCAUUGUGAGUCAAGUGGUGGAGGAGAGGAAGAGGGCGGAUGCAACAGAGGGGUGUUGAGACCUGGGAGUGGUGGUGCUGCUACUGCUGGUGCAGGGGGGAGCAGUGGAGGUGCAGAGGAUGCAGCGGUGGGUGCAGGUCGUGACGACCCGCUGUCUCUCUUCCACGCCGUGGGAAAGUUCCUCCACAAUAAGCGCCUCCCUGCAGCCCAGCACAAGGCAGAAGCAGAGCAGCGGAGUGAGCGUGAGUGGGUGGCGAAUCCACUCAGGUGGCAGCAGUGGGGGCAGUCCAGCUCACAGCAGGUGAUCACAGGGGACAGUCAUCAGUGCGCUCCUGGCCCUGAUGCACCUAUAGGCAAUGCUGGUGAUGGUGGCAUGGAAAGCAGUGGUGGUGAUGGGGUGAGUGGAGGCAGUGCAGUGGCGGUGCGGGAGGAGUUGCAGCGAGCGGCGGUGGACAUGGAGGCAGCAGAGGUGAUCAUUCAACGCUCCCAGAUCGCCCCCAUGAAGCUCUGCUGCUACCUGCAUGAGAACAUGUUGGACAUGCUGCAUCCAUGUGACGGCCUGGAAGCUGCGGUGGGUGCAAGUGCUGCUCUCAGUGACGUGCUUACGCUCCUCUCCUCCUCCUCCUCGCACCUCUCCUCGUGGUCUGGUGGCAGCAGUAUGGCAGCAGAUGGCGUGGGUGGGGGGGAUGAGGAUCUCUCACCUGCAGCAGUGCGUGCAGCAGCAGCAGCGUCCGUGGCAGCCAGGGGAGUCAUGUUCUGGAACACUCAGCCUGCUCCCAAACGAAUGGCUACCACCACUUUCGCCCCUGCCGUGUCUGCGAACCUCAGGCAGGGUUGCCCCUCGCCCGUGGCAGCUAGGAGCGCACGUCUGUCCUCUUCAUUCCUCGCCGUGCCGCUACGCCGCCAUGCCAGUGCUUCGCGAGCUGUCGUGGCAGCACCGCACAGGAGACCAGAUGUGCGGGCUAGCUUCGGCGCACCGAGCUCCGGCGCACUUACGCCGGAAUUAAAGUCGGCACUAGAUAAGUUCAUUUCGGAGAACAAAGUUAUUCUCUUCAUGAAGGGCAACAAGCAGUUUCCGCAGUGCGGCUUCUCUAACACCUGCGUUCAGAUCCUCACCACGCUGAACGUGCCGUUUGAGACUGUCAAUAUUCUUGAGGAUGACCGGCUACGACAGGGCAUGAAGGAAUACAGCAGCUGGCCUACUUUCCCCCAGCUAUAUAUCGAUGGGGAGUUUUAUGGCGGUUGUGAUAUUACUAUCGAGGGUUUCCAAAGUGGGGAGCUGAAAGAGACCAUUGAGAAGGCACUGCUAAGCUGA